AUGGCGCGACUACGAGUUCCCGCAUCGCCAGUUGGAACUCAUCGCGCGAAUUAUGCCUAUGAAGGAGCCGGAAACAAGACGCCCAGCCAAUCUAAUCAUUCAGGCCCACAGCCUGAGAUCAAUGUAGCCUUCGAUUCGUCUGCCAAUGAUCCCCCUGAACAUCCCACUUCCUUUCCGCGCAUUGUAAGGAGCUUCGCGUUAAUGGACGUGAAGACAAAGCGAGAUGUACAAGGUUACAUUGUCGGACAGUACAAGGCCAUUAAGCAGAUGGGCCACGAGCACAUCACCGCGACUGGCACCAAAACUGUCUUCUUCUUUGGUCAAGCACAGCAAGAGGAAGAGUUCGAUAUAUUAGACGUGGAUAUGAAGACUGACCUGGGCGAGUACAUCAACGAGGAUGAGGAUGCGGAUCGCUCAUGGCGUGGGGUUUGCGACUUCAUGCAGAAGAUUCCGACCUCCAAGGCUGUGGCGCCGACAGAGUUUAAGGAUAAGAACAUUUUGGAUACUGAGACACCUCAUCAAGCCCGCUUGAUGCGCGCCCAGAGUCCGCCCUCUCUGGCUCGAUGUAUCGCGAAUGCUAGCUUUGACAGCGCUGGAUCAGAGACAGACUCUGACUCAGAAGACGACGACACGGAUCUUGAACUGAAGAUCGAGAACGCAAUCUCGUCAUUUGCUAGAAAGGUCGAGGAAUUAGAAGAUGUAGCAGGAGCGCUGUCAAUCACGCCACCCGGCCGCACAUACUGUGAUGCCCGCUCAUCAACACUAGCGCCUCCCAAGAACAUCGAUAUACCGUACCCAUGUGGACCAAAGCGAAACUCCCGACUUCGUCGUCAUAGCGGUUACCGUUCACUCGCGUCUCUGAUCGCUCACGCUGAAGACAGCCGUGCGCCUUCGUGCUCGUCACUUUCUUCGUGCCCAAUACCUACCGACACCACCUACAAUGUCGUCCGCAAACCCUGCUACGACCCAAAAUUUGAGGGUCACAGCCCUUGCGCCACACAUGAUAAGGGAAUUUGGAGACUUUCAGCGGAUGACGCUCUUAACAUGCUACAGGAGCGCUUCAGGAUAACACAUUGCGCUGGUGAUGGCACAGGCUUUGAUUGUCGCGAAUGGCUGGAAUACAAGCUUGAUACCGGAUGCAGCAUGGUACAUGGCCCUUCACUGCUACGAUUUGGGACGGACUGCUAUGAAGCUGAAAAGUCCGGGCAGAUCAAGGAUGCGGUUGACACCCCGUACGCUAACCAACCCGAAGCCACGGCUCAGAUCCGCACUUCAUCAUCUAAGGACACCCUGAACACCAACUCAUCCGUCCGAAAUUCAGUGUUCUCAAAAUGCACUUCCACGACAUCCAUUUCAUCUUACCGGACCAGCCGUCCACAGACUGCACGAACUGAACAUUCUCGGCUCAUGAACGCAUCAGGUGUCGACAACGAUACUGAAAAGUGCGAACAAGGCCACGAAGACUCAGUAACGACAAUGUGGGAGGAUGAAAGCUGGCCCAACGCACCCGAGCGCAUUGGAAACGACUUUGAAGACGCCCAGAACUCCAUCACGAGGAAUGAAUCCGAGAACUGCGACGUAGAAGAGCUCUCACAGCUACGUGCGUCGCUAACGGAAACUACGGACAAUGACGAACCCAUGCGGCCUGAAGUCAUCGCCAACCGCCCGUAUACGGCUCCGCUUAUGUACGAGGAAGCCGCCGAUUUUAUUGAAUAUGUCGCUAUUAAUUCGGAUGUUUAUUCCGAAUGUUGGUCAGAACCCUUGGAUGGUUGCGCGAAACCGCGUCGCAAGUGGACUAGCAAGAUGAAGCAUUGUCUCAAGAAAAUACCCCAAAACACAAAGCAGGCUACCCACGACUAUGUCAAAGCGACGAAACAAUUCUCACGGACUGCUUGGCGCGUGUUGCCAGCUGCGCUGUCGAGCCGACAUCCGUUCCAGAAGAUCGACAGCAUCCUCUAG